AUGUUAGACAGAUUGCCAGCCAAGUUUCAGCAGACUUAUUUCUGGUUCGAAGAAGAUUUUGAGCACGGCCCGUACUCGUCAUGGAUGGCAAAAUACUGGCACUGGUCAAUGUACAUCAGCAUCGCCUAUGUGGUGAUCAUCUUCGGGCUGCAGCGCUUCAUGCGAGACAGGCCUCCCUUCGAUCUCCGCAGACCCCUGAUACUAUGGUCCGCUAGCCUCUCCGUCUUCAGCAUCGUCUGUGCCUUCCGACUCGCUCAGGAGUUUGUCAUGUAUGCACGGGACUAUGGAUGGAAAGCAACCAUGUGUGAUGACCGAUAUGGCAUGGAUGGGGUCAAUGGCUUUUGGUCUAUGUUAUUCGUUUGGAGUAAGCUUCCGGAACUUGGUGACACGCUCUUUAUCGUUCUUCGCAAACAACCUCUCAUUUUCCUCCACUGGUAUCACCACAUCACCGUUUUCGUGUAUGCAUGGUACAGCUAUCCUCUCAUGUUGGCCCCCGGACGCUACUUCGUUGAUCUCAAUGCCCUUGUACAUGCCUUCAUGUAUACCUACUAUGCCCUCAAAGCAUCUCGCCUUGUUCGUAUACCUCGUCAAAUCAACGUCUGCCUUACUUUAAUCCAAACCUCCCAGAUGGUCGUCGGAUGCGUCAUCAACACCCUGGCGUGGAAGUUUAGAUCGCAAGGGGAGUUUUGCUCGACGACAGACAACAAUAUUAGGGUGUCGUUACUCAUGUACUUUUCGUAUUUCAUCCUCUUUGCUCAUUACUUCUAUAAAACCUACUUUGUGAAGAAGGCCCCCCGAAAGCAAAAGGAGGUGCAGAACGGUGUUCAUCAAAACGGUGUUCAUAUCAAUGGUGCACAUCAAAAUGGCAAAUCUCAUUAUAGCAAUGGAAAAGCAUCGCUCAAGACGGAUUAA